CAACAACCGCCGUCUCUGCAUUCCGUCCUGUUCCAUCCCUUUCCUCUCCCUGGGCACUCCCUUGUCCAUCUUUGUUCAAUCGCCCGAGUUACCUCUCGACCUCGAUCAGAGCCGCCACACAGACGCCUUCUUUUACCAAGCUCGCUGGCAGCUCUUACCCACCGAGCUCCUUUACCACCCGUUUCUUUCUGUGGCCUUGUGUUAACAUGGCCUCGUAGACGAGUGUCACGUUCUCGUCCUGGUGUCUUCUAUUUAUUGUUUCGCAUGGCUCCCAUUGAGGUAACGCGUGGUUGAACCGUCAAGGAUAUGAUGAACCAUCAUCUGCCCGCAGUGCCCCAUGGGCAGCCGCCCAUGCCACCUCCUCCCAGACGGCAACAAGAUCUCCCUUAUUCAACUGCGCCGCCCAAUAUGCGGUCUCCUCCAGCGUAUAUGCCAUAUCAUUUGAAUGGCCACCCACCUCCUGCCUAUUCGCCCCAACAAUAUCCACCACACUGGUAUCCGGCCUACCAUCAAGUUCAGCUGCCUCCACGUCCAUACCAGUCACCGUAUGGGCCACUCAUCGUGUCCUCAUAUUCACCUUCACCGCCAGUGAUGACACCGCCGCACAUUCCUCCGUCGCUUCCUUUGCAGCCGAGAAACUCAACUCCCUUUCAGCCUACCAUGUCUCCUCCAACUGGAGCGGUUCUUACCCAGUGCGAUGUGCGUGGGCCUACACCCCCGACUAUGACGAUUCCAGGACCUCCGAAUCCCGUCGCGUCUUCUUCGCCCGCUCCCCCGCCUGAUAAACCCGUUCCAGCCAUCAGAGCACCGUUUCGUGCACCGAUACCUUGGCUCUCUGUGCCUGAUCAUCCUUUCCCUGCCAGACUUCCACGCAGGCGCCGUAACAACCGUCUUUUACAAUCCUCUUCGAUUUCGGUUGAACUUCCCGUUAAGGAGGCUCAGCGGAAGGAUUCCACACCAUCGGACAAGUUGGACAAGAAAGACAUACAUAAUCGUGAAGGACCGUCUAUGCCUUCUGAACCUCAAACCCCUACAACGUCCGUCAUUCCUUCAGAUGCAGAGUCCACGCAGCCCACCACACCCUCCGCCGUUCCACAGACUGCAAUUCGAUCUCAAGUGCAAUCGCAGCCACAGUCUAAAGGUACCAAACCUGCCGUGCCAUUGGUACCUAUUGUUCCGGUUAUUCCCCAGGCACCGAAGACUCGUCGGCCCUCGAAGAACGACACCAGCCGGGAAUUUGAGACACCAAAAUAUAGUGCACCUGUUAACAACGUGACUGAAACUCAAAAAGAUGCGGCCACUGAGGCUCCUGCAGAGUCAAUCACAAGCCCUCCACAGGAGUCAAGCAAACAAACUCCUCUCACUCCUGCGCCUCCCAAGUCAUGGGCAGAUCUCGUUCGAUCAAAAACUCAUCCACCGGGAGCAGGUGUUCCUAGCGCUGUCUCUGCCGAGCGCAUGUCCUUGCAAAAGAAUGAGCCCAUUGCAGAGGUCCUUGCUAGCCUGGGAGAGGAAGUAUUCAGAUACAGUGAUAAAAUAUCCUUCCUUGAGCCCAGAGGACUUGUAAAUACGGGAAAUAUGUGCUAUAUGAAUUCUGUUCUCCAGAUUCUGGUGUCGUGCGUGCCAUUCUAUCAAUUCCUGGACCACAUUGGCCGGAGAGCAGCGCACAGUUUUCAAAGCGAUGUCCCCAUGAUAGAUGCUAUGAUUAUGUUUAUGAGGGAAUUCCGUGUCAUUGAUGCUGCAAGUUCAGAAGAUCAGCUGAGACUCAGACUCAAGCCAAAUGAACUGGAACAGUACGGUGAUGCAUUCAUUCCUGAGUUUGUAUAUGAGGUGAUCAGACAAUUGCCACGGUUCCGAGACAUGCGAAGAGGUCACCAACAGGACGCUCAAGAAUUUUUGGGGUUCCUUCUGGAAGAAAUGCACGAAGAAUGUGCCCGCGCCUUGAAGGCUUCCUCUGCGAUUACGUCAUCCCACGAACCAGGAACAUCCGAGACAGAACCUACUUUCGCAAGUGAGCCGUCCAGCGACGGAUGGUUGGAAGUUGGUCAUAAACAGAAGACUACCGUUACACGGUCAUCCGGGCAUAUCGCAUUGGAAUCUCCGAUUACAAAAAUUUUUGGCGGCAAGAUAAGGUCAGAACUCAGGGUGCCAGGCAACAAGAACUCGGUAACUUUAGAGCCCUAUCAGCCCCUGCAGCUCGAUAUUGGGUCUCCAGACAUCACCAAUAUUAUCGAUGCCCUCAAAGGUCUCACGAAGCCCGAGAGUAUACAAGGAGACUUCAAUUCUUCGCGUGGCCCUAAUGUUACAGCAACUAAGCAGAUCUUCAUUGAAAGUCUGCCACCAGUUCUCAUUCUUCACCUAAAACGUUUCCAAUACGACAACGUCACGAAAGGCACGCAGAAGAUCUGGAAAAAGAUCGGGUACCCACUCGACCUUGAGAUCCCUCGAGAAGUAUUUCCACCCCAUAGACGCAAUGCUAUGGCUCUUCACGGUGGCUUGCCCAAAUAUCGGCUCAUCGGGGUCAUUUACCACCACGGCAAAAAUGCCGGCGGCGGGCACUACACGGUAGAUGUGCGACGGCAGGACGGUCGUGAAUGGAUCCGUCUUGACGAUACAGUCAUCCGCCGCAUUAGGGGUGAGGAUGUUGCGGAGGCGGGGGGUGAUGAGGACCCCAAGGCUUUGGCUGCUGCUCUCGAGCAGCAUAAACGUGACAAGGAUACUAACACCAAUAUCUAUGACCACGUUGACCAGGACGAUAUGGGUCAGAUUGAUAGCGAAAGAGGCUGGAGCCAAGUUAAUGGAACAGGCACAAGCGGCAACGCAAGCAAGAAACUAAGCUCUGUGAAUGGGUUCGCUAAAGCUGUUUCUGGAACGUCCUCUGGGAUUAGGACCCCUGCCAGCAGAAUCGGUAAUCAGGACAGCAAGGUUGCGUAUUUACUAUUCUACCAGCGUAUCGUCUGA